CGUCAAGAUGUCGCCGGCGGAGCCCGGGCGGUUUUUCUGCACGGCGGGCCGCGGGCUGGAGCCCUUCCUCGCGAGGGAGGUGCAGGCGCGGCUCGGCGCCACGGAGGUGGACUGCGUCGCGGGAAAAGUGUUCUUCAGGGCGGCGGCGGGGCCGGGCGAGCUGCGGAAGCUGCGGUCGGGGGAGCGCCUGUUCCUGCUGCUGAAGAAGCACGGCCCGCUGCCGGUGGCCAGGAAUAGAGGGAAAAUGCUUCAUGAAAUUAAAAGCUUUGUCACUGAGGAACCAGAAUACUGGCUGGAUAUUAUCUCUGUUUGGAGAAAGCUUCAUGGACACGAGAGGAAAACAGAUGAUGUCUCUGAAGAAAAGUCAUCGGCUCUGAAGAGAAAUUCAGAAGAGACAAAUACUGCAAGUAAAAGGCAAAAAACAGAACAAGUGAGAGCAAUUAUGUCUGAGGAAUGUCAGGCGGAAGCUGGAGAGACCUGUGUGGCACCGGAGAGAAUGAGCGGUCAGGAGUGCUGUAUUGAGAGCAAGACUUCCUCAGAAUUCCCUUCCAAAGGCAGUGGGGAGAAUCCCACUGCGAAUGAGGAGCUUAGCUUCAGUUUCAGAGUGUCUUGUCGUUGUAGCGGAGCGAUUGCCAAAAUACUUACUUCACAGGGCCAUUGCAAGGACCAUGGAGCCAGGCUUCUCUCAGCUGUGGCAUUCAGUCUAGAAGAAGGGAUAAAAGCCAGAACUUGCAGCUUCAGUUGCCUCUGGUUGGGCACUGGGGAGAACUUGUUCUUCAGGAAUGCAACCCUGGGAUGGGUCUUGGGAGAAGUGGAGCUUGGUCCUUGGAAAAGAAUAGUGGCAUACAGACCUCCAAGAUUCCGUUUGAUCCAGCCCUUUUCCCAUCUGUGCAGAUGGGAAAUUUUCUCUCGCUUAAAGGAGAUUGGAAAAGCCAUUGGCAUCGCACUUGUGAAGCAGUGUGGGUGGCAUGCUGAUCUGCGGGACCCUGACCUGGAGAUCUUUGUACAUCUUAAUGACAUUCACUCUGUGGUGGGGAUUCCUCUUUUCAGGCUUCCAUUGGCAAACAGAGAGUAUAUCCAAACAGCAGGACUGCGGUCAACAGUCGCAUGGGCCAUGGCAUCUCUGGCUGAAAUCAGUGCUGGUGCCUUUGUGCUGGAUCCCAUGUGUGGGCUAGGAAUGAUACUGCUGGAGGCUGCCAAAGAAUGGCCUGAAGCCUAUUACUGGGGUGCUGAUAUAAGUGAUUCACAGUUAGAAGGUGCAGAUGGGAAUAUUAGAACUGCAGGCUUAAUGGAUAAGAUUGAGUUGCUUAAAGCUUCUGUGAAAGUGUUGCCAUUGCCUUCUGAAAGCUUCGACAGUGUUAUUUCAGAUAUUCCAUUUGGGAAGAAGUUCAAGACCACAAAUGAUGCCCAGCUUCUAACAGAUAUUCUCCAGGAAAUGGAGAGAGUGCUUCGUGUUGGGGGGACUCUCGUGUUGUUGCUGAGCCAGGAGCUCCGCAGACGCGUGGAUGAUUUGACCAUGCGUGCUGGAGGUGACUCUGCCGAAGCCUCUGCUGAUGGCGACAGCGGAGCAGCCCCUACACAAGCCCCGAGUGUGGAUGGGAAUUCUUUCUCCUUGGCAUUGAGUGGUGAAGAAGCUGUUCUCAGCAGAUAUUUCGGGUCUCUGGUGCCAGAGGGUGUCUAUGCCGUUAGACUGGGGAAAACUGAUGCUUUCAUACACAAAUACAGAAAGGUGUCUGCUGCUGGGUACUGGAAGCUGUCUGGCCCUGGGCUGAAGAGAACUUGAAUCCUGAGAUGCUUCAGGAGCAGCAUGGCAGCACUUGGUGGAACCUGAUGAUGCAGACAAACUCAGUGCCAUCCAUUAGAUUAGAUCACAUUCUUUGGAGGUCCUAAGGCACUGUGCUUUUCUUUCUCUGUUUUUUAGGAGAGAUGCCUACCAGCCAGUUCUACUGUAUUGUUGUUGCUGUAUUUUAUAUAUUGGUAAAGGUCUGUCUGCACAAACCAGCCUCUGGGAUAAGUCGCAAUAUU